CCGGCUCUGCCAACCAGCUCCCAGCGCGAGCCGCCGCGGCCGCUGCAGCGCCCCGCCGCCAGGACCUGAUGCGCAUCCAUAUUAGCCGUCCGAGCGCAGGAAUCCGGCCCGACCCGCGCCGCCGCACCCGCCGCGGAAUUUAUUUUUAACCAGCACCGCCGGGACUCGGAUGGUGCGCGCACCGCCGGCCAGAAACAUCUUCCCAGCGCUGCUCUCCAUCUUCCGCCCUCUCUCCCCCGACAUCCUCCCCCCCAUGUGGGAGGAGAAACUUUUCUCCUACAUACUUUCGAGUCCCUCUUGGGCCGAGGAGCGCGGAGAUGACGGCGCCCGCCCGCCGCCGCAAGGUUGCUCCAGUCUGUCCCAGAGGUGGUGGCUUUGAGGUGUGACCCUGCCCACGCUUGGGCCCAGCCAGCACCAGCUCCUCAGUAAGGAGAGCCAGCUUGAUAAGACGAAGAUAAACUGUGUCAACGAGUGAUACCAGAGAAGAAAAAAAAAGAAGUGAACCCAGCCUCAUUUCCUCCUCCACGUGGGCAAUCGCUACAGCAGGGGAAGGUCUCACAGUAUAUCAGUUGGGGCAGAGAAUGGAGUUCUGUGGCCGAGGCUUCCUAGAAGCUUAAACCUUUGUCCCAAUGACGUCAAGUUCGCCCGUUGGCUUGGAAGGUUCAGAUUUGUCUUCCAUCAACACCAUGAUGUCAGCGGUAAUGAGCGUAGGGAAGGUUGCCGAGAAUGGUGGGAGCCCCCAGAGCAUCAGGUCCCCCACGAAGCCUCCGGGACCAAAUCGGAUUGGCCGAAGGAACCAGGAAACAAAAGAGGAGAAGUCUUCCUAUAACUGUCCCCUGUGUGAGAAGAUUUGCACUACACAGCAUCAGUUAACUAUGCACAUUCGCCAGCACAACACAGACACUGGAGGGGCCGACCAUUCAUGCAGCAUUUGCGGGAAGUCGCUGAGCUCGGCCAGCUCCCUGGACCGCCACAUGCUGGUGCACUCUGGGGAGAGGCCUUACAAGUGCGCUGUGUGUGGCCAGUCUUUUACCACCAACGGGAACAUGCACAGACAUAUGAAGAUUCAUGAGAAGGACCCCAGCAGCGCUACGGCUGCAGCCCCUCCGUCCCCACUGAAGCGCAGGCGGCUGUCCUCCAAAAGGAAACUGAGUCACGAUACAGAGUCAGAGAAGGAAGACCCAGCGCCUGCUAAAAAGAUGGUAGAGGACAGGCAGUCGGGUGACAUGGAGAAGAAAGCUGAUGAAGUGUUUCACUGCCCACUGUGUUUCAAGGAGUUCGUGUGCAAGUACGGGCUGGAGACCCACAUGGAGACCCACUCAGAUAACCCGCUAAGAUGUGACAUUUGCUGCGUCACCUUCCGCACACACCGAGGACUGCUGCGCCACAACGCGCUGGUCCACAAGCAGCUUCCCAGGGACGCAGUGGGAAGGCCCUUCAUCCAGCACAACCCCUCCAUCCCUGCCGGCUUCCACGACUUAGGCUUCACCGACUUCUCCUGUAGGAAGUUUCCUCGCAUUUCUCAGGCCUGGUGUGAAACGAACCUGCGCAGGUGCAUCAGUGAGCAGCACCGCUUCGUCUGCGACACGUGUGACAAGGCCUUCCCCAUGCUCUCCUCGCUCACCCUGCACAAGCAGACCCAUGUCACUGCCGACCAGGGACGGGAACAGCUGCAGGCCAGGGCCCUGCCUGGCGACGCCCCCGACCAGAAGGUCUUCCUGGCCAUGCUGGGCCUGCAGCACAUCGAAGACGCCAGGCCUGCACCGGCCGAGGAGCCACUGCCGGAUGACAACCGAGCAAUACAGCUCCAGGCACUCAAGUGUCAGCUACCUCAGGACCCUGGCUGCACCAGCUUGCUGAGUCUGUCUCCUUUCGAAGCUGCUUCCCUGGGCGGGUCUCUCACCGUCCUCCCGGCCACCAAGGAGAGCAUGAAGCAGCUAUCCCUGCAGCCCUUCCAGAAGGGCUUCAUCAUCCAGCCUGACAGCAGUAUUGUGGUCAAGCCCAUCUCUGGGGAGUCGGCCAUCGAGCUGGCGGACAUCCAGCAGAUCCUGAAGAUGGCAGCCUCGGCCCCCCCUCAGAUCAGUCUUCCGCCUCUGUCCAAGGCCCCCGCUGCCCCUCUACAGGCCAUUUUCAAACACAUGCCCCCUCUGAAGCCAAAGCCCCUGGUCACACCGCGGACGGUGGUGGCCACCUCCACGCCUCCGCCCCUCGUCAACGCGCAGCAGGCCUCCCCGGGCUGCAUCAGCCCUAGCCUGCCCCCGCCGCCGCUGAAGCUCCUCAAGGGCUCCGUGGAGGCGGCCUCCGACACCCACCUGCUGCAGUCCCAGUCGGGGGCGCAGCCAAACACAGCCGCACAGCGCUUCCUGCAGCAGCCGCGCCUCCAGCUGCCGGGCCAGGCGGAGAUGAAGGCGCAGCUGGAGCAGGACAGCAUCAUCGAGGCCCUCCUGCCCCUGAGCGUGGAGGCCAAGAUCAAGCAGGAGAUCACGGAGGGGGACCUCAAGGCCAUCAUGACGGCCCCCAGCGGCAAGAAGGCGCCGGCCAUGCGCAAGGUGCUCUACCCCUGCCGCUUCUGCAACCAGGUGUUCGCCUUCUCGGGGGUGCUGCGCGCGCACGUGCGCUCCCACCUGGGCAUCUCGCCCUAUCAGUGCAACAUCUGCGACUACAUCGCCGCCGACAAGGCCGCGCUCAUCCGCCACCUGCGCACACACAGCGGCGAGCGGCCCUACAUCUGCAAGAUCUGCCAUUACCCCUUCACGGUCAAGGCCAACUGCGAGCGGCACCUACGCAAGAAGCACCUCAAGGCCACACGCAAGGACAUCGAGAAGAACAUCGAGUACGUGACCAGCAGCGCGGCCGAGAUGGUGGACGCCUUCUGCUCGCCAGACACGGUGUGCCGGCUGUGCGGCGAGGACCUCAAGCACUACCGCGCCCUCCGCAUCCACAUGCGCACGCACUGCGGCCGCGGCCUGGGCGGCUGCCCCAAGGCCCGCAAGCCCUUCGAGUGCAAGGAGUGCAGCGCCGCCUUCUCGGCCAAGCGCAACUGCAUCCACCACGUCCUCAAACAGCACCUGCACGUGCCCGAGCGUGACAUCGAGAGCUACGUCCUGGCGGCCGACGGCCUGGGCCCCGCCGACGCGCCCGCCGAGGCCCCGGGCAGGGUGGAGGAGGGCGGCGCGGCCCUGGGGGAGCGCAAGCCCCUGGCCGCCUUCCUGGAGCCCCAGAACGGCUUUCGUCACGGGGCCCCCGCCCAGCCGCUGCCCCCGCACGUCGCGGUCAAAGUGGAGCCCGCCAGCAACUUCGCAGGGGACUUCAACGAGCCCCUGGACUUCUCCCAGAAGGGCCUGGCCCUGGUCCAAGUGAAGCAGGAGAACUCGGCCUCCUUCCUGAGCCCUUCCGCCUCGGCCCCGUACGACUGCUCCAUGGAGCCCAUCGAUCUGUCCAUCCCCAAGAACCUCAGGAGAGGAGACGAGGACGCGGCCGCUCCCGGGGAAGCCAAGAAGCCUGAGCAGGAACCCGCGAGCAGUGAGCAGGCCUCUCCCUGUCCACCAGCCUGCCCCGCCCUGCCGGUGACCUUGGGCCCCAGCGGGGUCCUGGAAAAGCCCGUGGCCCCUGUAGCGGCGGCCUCUGCCGCCAGCACUCUGGAAGCCCCGGCUCCGCCCCUGCAGGGCUCCGUGCAACUCGCUGUGCCCAUCUACUCCUCAGCCCUGGUCAACAGCUCCCCGCUCUUGGGCAACUCCACCCUCAUAAGCAGCCCAGCCUUGCUGCGGCCGCUGCGCCCCAAGCCCCCCCUGCUUUUGCCAAAGCCCCCCGUGACAGAAGAGCUGCCCCCGCUGGCCUCCAUUGCCCAGAUCAUCUCAUCCGUGUCCUCAGCCCCCACCUUGCUGAAAACCAAGGUGGCCGACCCGGGGCCCGCGAGCACCGGCAGUGACGCUGCAGCUGCGGACGUUGUAGGGGGCGCCGUCUCCAAAGCCACCACCGAAGUCGCCGGCGGGAAGGGAUCCAGUGACUCCCCCCCUGCUGCCACCAGCCCAGAGGCAGCCUCGCCCACGGAGCCGGGACCAGCUGGCUUGUCAAAGAAGAGGGGCCGGAAAAAGGGGACGAGGAGCCGGCUGCGCACCAGCGGCGGGGCGGACCUGGACUCCAGCGGGGAGUUCGCCAGCAUCGAGAAGAUGCUGGCGACGACGGACACCAACAAGUUCAGUCCGUUCCUGCAGAGCGCGGAGGACGACGCUCAGGACGAGGUGGCCGCGGACCACAGCGGGCCCAGCGAUGAGGAGCAGGGCAGCCCCCCGGAGGACAAGCUGCUGAGGGCAAAGCGCAACUCCUAUGCCAGCUGCCUGCAGAAGAUCAACUGCCCCCACUGCCCCCGGGUCUUCCCCUGGGCCAGCUCCCUGCAGAGGCACAUGCUCACGCACACUGGUCAGAAACCCUUCCCUUGUCAAAAAUGCGGUGCCUUCUUUUCCACCAAAUCUAACUGUGAACGCCACCAGUUGCGCAAACACGGAGUUACCGCCUGUUCCCUGAGAAGAAACGGGCUUAUCCCCCAGUCAAAAGAGAGUGAUGUUGGAGCCCAUGAUAGCACAGACAGCCAGUCGGACGCUGAGGCAUCGGCGGGAGGCGAAGUGCUGGACCUCACCUCCCGGGAGAGGGAGCCGCCGACACCGGAAGGAGCAGCCGAGCCCAGCCCGGUCCCGGACGAGUCGCCGGCGGAGGAGGCGAAGCCGGCGGCAGCCACGCCGUUGGCCGGGGAGGAGAGGGUCGCCGAGGAGGACGCGGAGCCCGAGGACGAGCGCGCGGAGGAGGAGUGGGACGAGGACGCAGACAGCCCCGAGGAGGACACGGUCAGCAACAAGAGCCUGGACCUCAACCUCGCCAGCAAGCUGAUGGGCUUCAAGCUGGCCGAGGGCGAGGCCGGCGCGGGGGGCGGCGGGGACCCGGCUGCGCAGGACCGCCGGCACGCCCGCCACGCCUGCCACGUCUGCGGCAAGAGCUUCAAGUUCCUCGGGACCCUCAACCGCCACCGCAAGGCCCACGGCCGCGAGGAGCCCGGGGACAAGAGCGCGGCCCCCCGGGAGCCCGAAGGGCCACCGCCCACUGCCCCCGAGCUUCCGCCGAGGCCCGCCGAGCCCCCCGCCGCCGAGCCCCCCGCCCAGGCGGAGGCCGUGUCCGAAGCCCCCGCGGAGAAGCAGAGCGAGGAGGCCGAGGGCCCCUCGGACGGGGAUGGGGAGGGCCUGGCCGAGCAGAAGCCCUCGGAGAAGAGUGAGGACGACAGGAAGCCAAAGACAGCCUCCCCCAGGAGUGCGGCCAGCAAGGCGGACAAGAGGAAGAAGGUGUGCAGCGUGUGCAGCAAGAGGUUCUGGUCGCUGCAGGACCUGACGCGGCACAUGAGGUCGCACACAGGAGAGAGGCCGUACAAAUGCCAGACCUGCGAGCGAACCUUCACCUUGAAGCACAGCCUGGUGCGCCACCAGCGGGUCCACCAGAAGGCCCGGCAGCCCAGGCACCCCGGGAAGGACAGCGACAAGGAGGAGCGGGGCGAGGAGGACAGCGAGAGCGAGUCCGCCCACAGCGGCAACAACCCCGCGUCGGAGGGCGAGGCGGACCCGGCCCUGCCCGCCGGCAGCCACGUGGCCGGCACCCGCAGCCGGAAGGAGAGUCUGGCCCCCAAGGACGCCGGCCGGACGGCGGGUGCCGGCCAAGCUGAGGCCGGCAGGAGUGCCCCCAGGGCCGCUGCCGCGGGCAGCCCCAAGGAGCAGGCGUCCCCGGGUGACCCUGAGCGGGAGAUCCCGGCGGCCCUCGUGCAGGACCUGCUGGAGCUGCCCGGCAGGAGGCCCGCCCACCCGCUCCUGGCCGCUGCCGACAGCGCCUCGCUCCUGGGCCUGGAAUGACAGCGCGUCCUGCCCCCCAGCACACAGACGAAAGCCAGCAGAGCAAAAUGUCCUGAGUCUAUAUUUCCCCAGGUUUCCUCAGUGCCCUUCA